ACUCUGCACUUGACUCGGCAGAGAUGAGAUUUAUAUUCUGUAAAAAUAGCAACUUUCAUAAUUUUGAAUGAGAGUGUUUUAUUGUAUUGUGGCAGAGAGAACUGAAGCCGAAUAAAAUUUGAUCUCCAGCUGGAGAGAUAAACGGUCGGAGCCCGCUGCAUCUACUCCCACAGAAAAAGUCCCACCCUUCACCGAGUGCGUGGACGUCGUAAGAGGCUGCAGGGGUUGAAGCCGUGAGCUUUUUUAACCCUCACACCGAGCCAGCAUCGCUUUACAGCUGGCGGCCUCGCUCGCCAAAAUAGCCCCAGCGAGGUGACGCUCACGAGAAGCUGUCGGUGCGACAAGCGGAGACUGGAUCCCAGUGACCGGCUGGAGAGGAGCGGCGAACAAGGAAGGAAGGAGGGGACUGGCGACAAGAGCCGGGGACACGGAAUCGCACGUAAAGAGCCAAAGUCACUGCUUCGCCACACACAACCAUGAGUAUUGAGAUCCCUGUGGGGUUGACGGAACUGCUGCAGGGCUACACUGUGGAAGUGCUGCGACAAAGGCCGUCGGACCUGGUGGAUUUUGCUGUACAGUAUUUCACCCGUUUGCGGGACACCAGGAGUCAAGAUGUGGCCGGCGCCGGCGAGAAGAAGAUAGUGAUGUUCGAUGGAGAGCCCAUGCAGACAGAGUCCAAUGGAGACGACGAUGAAGACGAUGAUUCUGACUUUGAACCGCCCCCACCAAGCAGAUUUAACAGAAGAGUGUCAGUGUGUGCAGAAGCCUUCAAUCCAGACGAAGACGAUGAGGACACAGAGCCAAGAGUGGUUCACCCCAAAACAGACGAGCAGCGCUGCAGACUGCAGGAGGCCUGCCGAGACAUCCUACUCUUCAAAACACUCGAUCAGGAGCAGUUUUCUCAGGUGCUAGACGCCAUGUUCGAGUUAUUGGUCAAGCCACAAGAGCAUGUGAUUGACCAGGGCGAUGACGGAGACAACUUCUACGUCAUUGAGAGGGGGGUUUACGACAUUGUUGUAUCAGGAAAAUGCGUGGGUCUGUAUGACAACAAGGGCAGCUUUGGAGAGCUGGCACUUAUGUACAACACACCACGUGCUGCUACCAUCAUCGCCACCCAGGAAGGAGCGCUAUGGGGGCUGGAUCGAGCCACAUUUCGCAGACUUAUUGUUAAGAACAAUGCCAAAAAGAGGAGGAUGUAUGAAUCUUUCAUCGAGUCUGUACCACUACUCAAGUCACUGGAGGCGACAGAGCGGAUGAAGAUAGUGGAUGUAUUAGGAGCCAAGCAGUUUUCUGAUGGGGAGCGCAUCAUCUCCCAGGGAGACAAAGCCGACUGCUUUUACAUUGUAGAAUCUGGUGAAGUCAAGAUCAUGAUGAAGAGUAAAACGAAGGCAGACCAUGCAGACAACACAGAGGUGGAGAUAGCGCGCUGUAGCAGGGGUCAGUACUUUGGGGAGCUGGCCUUGGUCACCAACAAGCCCCGGGCCGCCUCAGCCUAUGCAGUGGGCUCUGUUAAGUGUUUGGUAAUAGACAUUCAGGCAUUUGAGCGUCUACUGGGCUCCUGUAAAGAGAUCAUGAAGAGAAAUAUCGCCCACUAUGAGGAGCAGCUGGUGGCUCUGUUUGGAUCCAGCAUGGACCUGAGAGACUGAGCAUCCUCCACCACCCUCCGUGCCUUCUACCAUACACACACAUGCACAAACACAGACAGAUACUGGAGAUGGACAGACAGACAGACGUUCCUGGAAUCGAUCAAUGGCUACCAAAAUUCAUCGUAUGCUUUAUCUAGACCCAGACAGAUAUUUGGCGAGCAUAUAUUUAUAAAGCAUCACGUGAUAUGAUUUUGCCACAUGUGCACUGUCACAAAUCCAGGUGCUGAGAGAAACUCCUCACUGUUGUGCACAGCAUAGUAGAACACACUCCCUUCUAGCAUCACUUUGUUCAUGCACACAGGUAGCUAAAUCCAUCACACUCCCCGAUGCGCUCCGCAUAAGUGUCUUUAUUGCCGUUACCUUAAUGACGAGAAGGCAGAUUUUCCAUCCAAAACAAACGUCAGGCUCCAUUAUUGCAGGCUUUUGUCUUACACCUCGGCUUAGACAGCUCACAAUUGUUCAUGUACUCCUCAGCCAAGGACACACACCAUAGCUUACACGCACACACACACACGCACAAACACUGGGGAAUGGUUACAAAAGAAGAGACUAUCACAUCUGCAAAAAUGGACACACCGUGGUAAAAGUUGAAAAAUAUGAUCAAAAUGCAAAAAAACAAUUGUUAAAGAAGACAAACAUUUUAGAACGUUUUAUGAAACAUUUAAGAAAAGAUAAUCUUUGAUAAAAUAUUAUUUAAAUAAAAGGUGUUUUCAUCCUCUGGAGGCCGGGAUGCGGAACUUUGUGACAGCGCUCAUUUUGUCCUCUACUGUCGUUGACUGAGUUGAGUUAGUGCUAGUGAUUCUUGCAGUACCACUGAAGGAGCAGGGAAGACGACCCCAACGUUUCUUGGCCACUGUUACUUAUUAUCAAACCACACACCAUUGUAUUGAAUUAAUUCUUAAUGUGUUGUUGUUAUAUAUUCAUUUAUUAUCAUUUUCUGUUUUCUUUUUUUUUUGACCAAUUAAAUUCACCAUCCAUCUCUGACAAAAUGUAAAAAAACCAAAAAAGGUUAGUGCUUAUUUCUCUUGAUUAUGAUUUAAUAAGUUGUCCUGGUUAAAAAGAAAUGGAAAAUAAAGAAAACA